AUGAGUCAACUGGGCGGUCCUGGUGCUCGACAGAGCAACGCCAAGCCAAUCCCCCCUCAACGUGGCAGCUUUCCACUUGAUCAUGAAGGCGAGUGCAAACAUGUCAUAGCGACCUACCUCGAGUGCAUCAAAAAAGUACGAGGCGUGAACGACGCCGAAUGUCGCGACUUGGCCAAGUCGUAUUUGUCAUGCCGCAUGGACCGCAACCUCAUGGCCAAGGACGAGUUCAGGAACCUAGGUUUCGACAACGGACCACAGCCGACAACAACGAAUAGCAACGAUUACAAACAACACCGGGGGGCUUCGAGCAAGGAGAAGGACGCACGGCCCGGUGAACUUCGCUGGUAG